ACGAGUAAGCAACCGAAAGACCAACAGCGGAUGUCUUUGUUUCUCGUCAAUUCUCGGUGAGACUCGGACGUGGUACGGACAACGAGGCGACCGCUUUUCUUCCCAACCCGACCCGUCACUGACCCUGCGUGUAAAUGUUCACAGACAAGAUGAUGAUGUCCCCGUGGGACCGCUGGUACUCCACAAGAUGCUGCCUGUGCUGCCAUGUCCGCACAGGAACCAUCAUCCUGGGGGUCUGGUAUAUGCUCAUCAAUGCCGUGGUGUUGCUCAUCCUGCUCACGGCCCUCAAUGAUCCAGAAAAGCAUCAUCUGACCAGUGCCGAGUUGGCGAAUGACCUGGAUGUCAUGGAUGAUGCCAACAUGUGCAUCGCCUCAGCAAUCUCCCUGCUGAUGAUCCUUAUAUGUGGAAUGGCAACAUAUGGUGCAUAUAAGCUGCGUGCCGCAUGGAUCAUCCCCUUUUUCUGCUAUCAAAUAUUUGACUUUGCUCUCAACGCCCUGGUGGCUGUCAGCAUUGUGGUGUAUCCAAACACAAUACAGGAUUACCUACAGCAGCUGCCGGAUAAUUUCCCUUACAAAGAGGAAGUCGCUGCGCUCAGUAACAUCUGCCUGGUCCUCGUUGUGCUGCUGUUCAUUGGCUGCAUCAUCGGCUUUAAGGCCUACCUGAUCGCCUGCGUGUGGAACUGCUACAGAUACGUCAGCGGCAGGGGCGGCUCUGAAAUCCUGCUCUACGUCACCACCAACGACACCACAGUGCUGCUGCCUCCGUAUGACGACAACAUCAGCGUCCCGUGCAAACAGGCUCCUCCGUCCUACAUCUCCUCUGAGGCGACGGCAUGAAAACAUUCCGAUGUUUGGAUCCUGCAGAUCGGAUCCUCCUGUUGGCACUCGAUACGACACACUCCAGCGAAACGACACACCACACUGCCUCUCCAGUUAACACUCUGUUAAUCAAUAUCCACGACGGCACACGUCGCUCAGCGAUCUCCCGUUCCUUCUUGGCGUUACCGACCAACUUGUAAUUCAUCAGUUCUCUUCCUCUUAGGUUUAUCCAGGAGCGAUUAGCAUUGUGUGCUUUAGAUUCUGGCUGAAAUGACAUGAAAGCUGUAGGAAGUCGCAUACGUUACAUAUGUUUUUUGUGAAUUCUAUUUAUUCUUUGUGCGUUUGUAACAGUAUUAUAUGGAUCUUGUUUAUCUAGUCGUAUUUGUGUUAUGCUCAAAUGAAUCAGUAGCUGCGUUUCCAUUACAAAUGUGAUCAAAUCUAUGUUAAAAAAAAACAAAAAAACCUAAAUUUUGCAAUUGUGAAAAAAUAUGUUUCCAUGAAAUAAGAAAUGGAGCUAAAGCCACACAUGAAUAAGCUUGUUCACGCAAUAAGUCUUUACAAAAUAUGGCAGUGAUGGAUGGAAACAGUUACAUGAUAAAUAUUCAUAAUUCAUCUAAAACGUCGUGUCUACAGAGCCUACAUAUCCUGCGCUUUGGGGAAAUAAUAGUCUGCGAUUUUACAGAAGAGUUACGGAUUCCAAACGUUUGAAUCACACAUACUUCUAUGAAUUAUACGAUGCUGUGAGAGCUCUGGUGGAGCCAGCUGCAUGUUGUCAGAAAAAAUAAAAGCAAACCAUCAUCCUGCUACCACUUCCUGUCAUCUUCUUCGUCGUUUCCGCCAGUAGUAACAUCCGGUUGUUGAUCACGUGACCCGACAAAAGUCACGUGAAAAAGGGAACUGUUACAUCUAUUUUGGCUGAAGUGCAUGUAUUUCAGCUGUAUAAAAUACAUCAAUUUCAUUUGGCUGAAGACCCACCUCAUCACGCUGUAAAAACCUUUUCAUUGAAACCAGUAAGUGUUUCGAAAUUGGCAUGUUUCCGUUUAGCGAAUUUAUUUUUAGAACUUAAAUUUGCCCAAUUCUGUAGUUAAUGGAAACGCAGCUAGUGAACGGUAUGGACCAGCGUGGGAACGGAUACGGAGUUAUUCGGUAUCCGUCUUGUCUCUGCUCGUGAUCAGGGUUGGAUUGCCUUCUCUCUCUCUCUCUCUCUGUCUCUACAAUGGGUUGCACUUUAUCUGCUCGUGUAUGAAGUGUCCCCUUAACUUGAAGUUUUCUAAAGAGAUGAAUCUGCCUGUAUUCUGACGUGAUCAAAGAGCCGCCCUCAUGUACAUCACCAAGCUUUUUUCUGUGUUCUUUUUGACUGAAUUACGUGACUCUGAUCAGGAGCAUAGCGUUGUGAACUUUUUACCGUGUUUCUACCGACCGACGAAGAACGUCUUAGCUUAGCUGCACUUUCUAUUUUUAAAGCACAUUAGAGGCGCUGAUCUAGAAUUGCUUGUGUGAAUGAGGGGAACCCGGAGCGUUGGGAAAGCGGAUCCUGCUUGUGUUUUAUCAAUCAAAGAAAGAAAAAAAAGCAUUUUUUUGCUCUGUGUAAACAUUACACAACCACGUUCCACCAGAUGGACUUGUUGGCUUGUUGCUGCCUGAAAACAAAACAUUCUGCAAGGACGCAAGUGUCACUGUUUCGUGGAAUUAAUUGAUGUGAUAUUUUUGUCUAUUAAAACCAAAUUU